GUGUUAAGAUAUGUGAAAAUUUAGAUCUAGCAAUUAAGACCAAAAUUCAUUCAGAUGUGGAUAUGGAAAAGGAUUUUGAGCAAUUAUUAGAUGAAAAUCUUAAUAUUCAAAGAACUAAAGAAGCUAAAACCUAUAUAAAAUAUUUAGCCUUACUUGAGCAAAAAUGUUCUUAUGAUAAUUACAAUUGUACUGGAGAAUUUGUAGUUAAAAAAAAAGCAAAACUUAAUCUGACUUCAAAAGAUCAUUGGUUUGUAGGUUGUACACAAUGGAGAUUAAAAUCAAAAGGGUCACAUUUUUUUUAUUAUUUAAAUGAUGAAAUUGAUCCUUUGUUAUUAAAAAGAUUAUUUGAAGGAGAAGCAGUUUUUCAUAAGCAAACAAAUAGUUCUUUUAAAGAAGGAAAUAUUGUUAAAAUGAAUUGCAAGGUUAAGUUUUAUAAACUUAUACCAUCAAAUCUUCAAGAUACACCUUAUGUUAUAUUGGUUUGUCAAGAUAAUCUUAUUAAGGCAACUUUUGGAAAAGAUUAUCUUUCUGAAGUUCAUGCUUCAUUAAACAAUAUAAAUAAACUUAGAAGAUUAAUUGCAAAAAUACAAAAAUUAAAACACCCCUAUGGACAAGGUUUAUUAGAUUUAACUUAUAAUAUAUGGUCUGGAAAUCAAGAAUUAUCUGGAUAUAUACAACAGUUAG